AUCACCAGUGCGCUGUGUCCCUCUGACACAGCGGAUCAUGGAAAGAGCCGAAGAUGUCGGCUCGGUCAUGUGAUCAGCUGUGUCCAAUCACAGCUGAUCACAUGGGAAAUGUACACUGAUCAUCAGGGCACUGAUAAUCAGUGUGCCCUGAUGAUCAGCGUGGCCCCAGAAAUGCCACCUGUCAGUGUCCAUCAGUGCCAGCAGCCAGUGCCCAUCAGUGCCACAUCAAUGCCACAUAUCAGUGCCUACCAGUGCACAUCAAUGCCACAUAUCAGUGCCCAUCUGAGCUGCCUUUCAAUGUCACCCAUCAGUGCCAGUCAGUGCCACCUAUCAAUGCCAACCAGUGCCACCUAUCAGUGCUGCCAAUCAGUGCCACAUAUCAGUGCACAUCAG